AUAGAUAGCAUGGGUAAUCGGGGCGCCUCUGCUGCCAUUCCAAAAUUUGUGCAUUAGGGUACAGCUAGUGGCGGGCUCAAACGUCUCGUUUUUUUCCAGAUAUGCGGUAUCAUUUUUCUCGAAACACCGAAGUGACGAAAGUUUUAUUAGUUUCCGUUCUUUUUUUUUGGCAUUGAGCGCGCAUGCGCGGGGAUUCAACAACGUGCAGUCGACAAUACACGCCAGUUACAGGACAUCGAGACAUCAGCCAUGGCUGAAGAAAGCAGCAACGAAUGCAUGCCUCUUGACUUAAGCAUGAAGGCCAAAGCAACACCAAGUACUGCCCAUGACGGUACCCAGGGCGCUUCAUCUACAUUGGGCGCCUACAGAACGAUUUCUGACGACGCCUUGCGCUAUCCGAGGAACACGCAGCACACGCCCACGACCAAAGAGAUUUGCAACGUCGACGGUGUCACUGACAAUGGCGGCACACGUUACCAGCAACUGGACUCCAUCAGGAGCAUCAAUAACAUGAGGCCCAGCACAGGUCACGCUGGCAUAGAGGAAGAAUCAGCCAAGUCUGAAGACGGCGCCACUUUGCAGUGCUCUCUACCCACUAUCGAUACACUAUGAAAAAAAGGUCGGCAUUCGUGCUUCUUGCAAUGCAAU